AUGAGCCAGGUCAUCUUGCAACUGUUCCGUGAGACGGUUCAGCUCUUGAACAUAAAGUUCAAAAUUGAUCCGACCCUCGAGCUGGAUCAGGUGUUCCCACCUCCACCACAUCCUUUGGUGGGACUCAAGCGGUGGUCAACGCUUCCUAGUAAAUCGCAUUUGAACCACCGCGAUGUGAAUGGCGUCCCGACGAGUUACCCCGUCCUCUAG